AUGCGACAGGUGCUCAAGGCCGGCUUGGGGUGCCUCGUCUCCCUGUUGCUUGCCGCACCAGCCGACGCCUUCUACAUUCCAGGCUGGUCGAUUAAGAGCUAUAAGGACGGCGAGCAGGUACCCUUACUCGUGAACAAGGUCUACUCCGACAACACUCAGCUGCAGUAUGCCUACUACGACCUCCCCUUCGUGUGCCCGCCGACGGGCCAGCGCAAGCCCGGCACGGGACUGCUUAGCGGACAAAGCAUCCCCCUGAACCUCGGCGAGGUCCUCCGCGGCGACAGGAUCAAGACAUCCGACAUUGACCUGGUCGUCGGACAGGACAAGCCGUGCAACUUGCUGUGCAACCGCGAGAUGAGCCGCAAGGACAUGCGCCGCGCAAAGGACAUGGUACACGAUGGCUACGUCACCGAAUGGAUCGUCGAUAAUCUCCCCGGUGCCACGAGCUUCGUAACCGUCGACAAAAGCCGCAAGUACUACGCCGCCGGCUUCAAGCUCGGCUUCACGGAUUACUCGGCCAGCAGCGGGAAGCCGCGCUACUUCCUCAACAACCACCACACCAUUGUCAUCCGUUGGCGCAGAGCCCCCGGGAAGGCGGGCGAGCGCGGCGGUAAAGUCGUCGUCGGCUUCGAGGUGUACCCCAAGAGCAUCGGACCCAAUAACAAGCGCGACGAGAAUGGGUGCCCCGCGGAUUUGCAGAAUAUUGACCAGAAUUUCGAGCUCUACCUCGCCCCGAAUAAGUCCUCCGAGACGCCAAAGCAGCAGCAGAACCUCGAUUCCUCCUCAUACCACCCCGCUACCGACGAUGACGAAGACCUCGCCGACGACGGUGCCAAGCUGACCGUGCCCUAUACCUAUUCCGUCUACUUCCGCGAGGACAACAAUGUCGAGUGGUCGCGCCGCUGGGAUCUGUACUUUGUCAAUCAGGAGGAGGGCCAAAAGAUUCACUGGCUGGCCAUUGUGAACUCGCUCAUUAUCUGCGGUCUGCUCACGGGCAUUGUCCUGAUGAUUCUCGCGAGAACGAUCCGCUCCGAUAUCAAGGGCUACAAGGAGGUGCCCCUCGAGGACGGCAAGCCAAAGCUGAAGCGCAAGAAGACGGCCGGCAACAAAUCCCCCCGACUUUCUGAGAAGACCGGCGGACUGCUCGAUCAGGGAGCCGGAAUUGACGCCGAAAACGACGCCGACGUGUCGUCUGACGAAGAGGCACUCGAGGACGUUACGGGCUGGAAGCUGCUGCACGCCGACGUCUUCCGGACGCCCCGGCACGGCUACCUGCUGGCCCCGCUCGUCGGCUCCGGCAUGCAGCUGCUCUUCAUGGCGGUUGGUCUCGUUCUGCUAAGCGCCCUCGGCGUCCUUAACCCUAGCUUCCGCGGCGGCUUCAUCAGUGUCGGCGUCGGCCUCUUCGUCUUCGCUGGCCUCUUCUCGGGCUACUUCUCAGCGCGCGUCUACAAGACGUUCGACGGCCAGGACUUCCGCAAGAACGCGCUCGUCACCGCCGUCCUCUUCCCCGGCCUCCUCUUUGGCAUCGUCUUUAUCCUUAACCUAUUCGUCUGGGCACAGGCUUCAAGCACGGCAAUCCCCUUUGGCACUCUCGUCGCCAUCAUCUUCCUCUGGCUCUGCAUCCAGGUGCCCCUCGUCUACGCCGGCUCCUGGUUCGGCUUCGUCCGCAGCGCCAAAUGGGAGCACCCGACCAAGACGAGCGUCGCGCCGCGCCAGGUGCCCCGGCAGGCGUGGUACAUCAAGUCGUGGCAGUCUGUCCUGCUCGCGGGGCUGAUUCCCUUUGCGGUCAUUUUUAUUGAGCUGCUGUUCGUGUUCCAGUCCGUCUGGCAGGACAAGAGCGGCUACUACUACGUGUUUGGGUUCCUGGCCGUGGUGUCGGUGAUUCUGAUUGUGACGAUUGCCGAGGUGACGGUCGUGACAAUUUACGUUCGGCUGUGCGCCGAGAACUACAACUGGUGGUGGCAGUCGUUCGCCGUCGGCGGUGGGAGCGCCGUGUGGGUGUUCUUGUACUGCGUAUGGUACUACUUUUUCAAGUUGCACAUUACCGGCUUCGUGAGCAGUAUGCUCUUCUUCAGCUACAGCUUCAUGGCGUGUUGUGUAUACGGUCUCCUGACGGGGACGGUGGGGUUCCUGAGCGCGUACGCGUUUGUUCGGAGGAUUUAUGGAGCAAUCAAGGCAGACUAA